GCAGUUUAGAGCUUCACUGGUAAUAUAAGCACAUCAAGGAACGAUGCUAACUAAGGAGAGAGAAAUAAAACAAACUACAUUACAAGCUUGCACGUUUCUAGCAACGCUCCAAAAACAUUUCUUCACUUUUUCGUCAUCUUCAUAAAACAUAUUGCGAAAUGGCUUGGGAAAGCACGUCUGUGGAGAGAAGCGGGGAGGCUUGAUAAAGGGGGAAAUUAAGCUUCUCGGUGCCUGUGUGAGAGCCGAGUGAGUCAGACUCUCAUAUUUCAGCCGUAGCGAUAGUAUUGCUGGCUAGGCUACUUGAAGCUGGGGCCUGAUAUGGACAAAAAUAAGAGCUAAUUAUACCAAAAGGGAGAAUAUUGCAUGUUAAGUUUACCAAUUGCUUUAGCUCUGCCUAAAGAGGACAAGGAAAGUUCGUUUCUGGGAUAAAAUUGGAAGCUGGAGGUUUGUCCAAAAAGUCCGGGAAAUGGGGGAGCAGCCCAUCUUCACCACCAGAGCCCAUGUCUUCCAGAUUGACCCCUCCACCAAGAAGAACUGGGUUCCUGCUAGCAAGCAGGCCGUCACGGUGUCAUACUUCUAUGACAGCACGCGGAACAGCUAUCGGAUUAUCAGUGUCGAUGGCUCCAAGGUCAUCAUUAACAGCACAAUCACCCCCAACAUGACCUUCACAAAGACUUCCCAGAAGUUUGGCCAAUGGGCGGACAGCAGAGCGAAUACCGUCUUCGGCCUGGGCUUUUCAUCUGAGCAGCAGCUGGCAAAGUUUGCGGAAAAAUUCCAGGAAGUUAAAGAAGCGGCGAAACUAGCAAGAGACAAAUCUCAAGAGAAAACAGAGGCCUCCAGCAAUCAUUCCCAGGAAUCUGGGCAUGAGACUCCAACCUCCACACAGCCAUCCAGUAUUAAUGGCACCGAUGACGAGAAGGCUUGUCAUGCUGGCCCUGUAGAGGCACACCUGAAGAGCGAGAAUGACAGGUUGAAGUCUGCUGUGGCACAGGGCACGACCAACGCUAAGAAAUGGGAGACAGAACUUCAGACCCUGAGGGACAGCAAUGCUCGCCUAAUCGACUCCCUGGAGGAGUCUGCAACUAAUGUAGAACAGUGGAAAAAACAAGUAGCAGCAUGUAAAGAAGAGAGCGAUCAUCUCAGGAUAAAGAUUGCAGAGCUAGAAGCACAGUGCGAAGAAGCAGACCUCCAGAAAGAGAACAAUGCAAAACUGAGCCUGAGAGUGGAAGAGCUGAAGGCUGAUAUUCAAGAGAAAGACCUGGAGCUGGAAAACCUGAGAAAGCAAGCAGAAAUCAUCCCCCAGCUCAUGGAGGAAUGUGAGUCGAUGACUCAGAAACUACAGACGGCUGAAUUGAAAAAUGAAGAGAUGGGAAAGAGAAUGGAAACGCUGCAAGCGGACAUUGGCGAGAGCGAGCUCAAACAGAGCAUGCUGAAGUCAGAGCUCAAGCGGUUCAUGGAUGUUCUAGACGGAAAGAUUGAUGAACUGCACGAGUUCAGACAAGGGCUGUCCAAACUGGGAGUAGAUAACUGACAAGCCACGAGCCAAUCAGGAUUUCGGAAGCAAAACAAACCAUUCAGGGCCUGCAGUUUUUGGUGACACUGCUUCCCACCUGUGUUUCACAAGACAAAACAAAACGUAGGACUAGAAUGUUUCACUUGUGUGCAUCUUCUUGUGUAGAAGUUCUGAGUUCAUUGUGUUUGAAACUAACGUGCUGCUUGCUGAAGUCUUUGGGGUGCGACGAACUGGUGGUGGCAGAUUAUGUCUGAUGAAUCUGGGAUGCUUCAAGGUAUAUGCAGUUAAGUUGCAAGGGGGGGGAGAAAAAUUAGAUAUUUUUUUCUUUGUAAGGGCUGGAGCAACAAUGAGAACCAAGAUUAUAACCGGCCCCCACAGGAACCUCUUUCUGGUGGACUGCUCUGAGUGAAUAUCACGGUGUUGGAUAUUGUUAGGAGAAAACGAGGUCAAUUCUAAGUCAUUGGCAGCAGUUUAUAUGUUUAUGAUCUCAGGUGAGCUCUAAGACAGUUUCUACUAUGAUAUGCACAUACAUUAACUGCACAGUGUUGCAAAGUGCCUCAGUACUGGAAAAAUACCCUCUCUUCCAGGAGAACGACAGCGUUUUCUAAUACUAAGCAAAGAGAUCUUUUGAUAUUUUUCUCGUUGCCUGUUAGAUGCAGAAUAUUUUUUAUUUUGUUUGAAGGCAGCACACAUUUUAUGCCUAAAGCUCCCAAAUGCUUAACGGAUUAUGAUGGGUCAGAGGAAAUAUAUGUAUGUACAGAGUUGAGAUACUAUAUUAUAUAGCGACAAUUUUAUAUUCUGGUUCCUUAGUUUUUUUAAUAGAAGGUCAUUAGCAAUUUUGAGCUAUAUAUUAGGAAAAUAUAAGGAUAAAUAGACUCAAUACCAUGCCUGAAGGUUUAAAUAGAAAAUAAAAGUACAUCAUUAACUAUGUAGUAAAUGACAUCACAAGCACAUUCAUAGAUUUAGAUAGACUGUAGAUUGUAGUUACCAUGGCAUCCGAAGCAUAUCUCCAGUGUUUUUUUUUUUUUUUUUCAAAUACACUUUUCCUUGACAAAGGUAUGUUAAACAUUGGGAAGUUGGCUCUUUCAUGCAAUAGUAGGUUAGGCUGAAUAACCCCUUACAAUAGAGAAGCCAUUGAUAAAUAAAAACAAUAGGUACAGGGACAUACACAUUUGAAUACUGAUGCCUUCAUGAACUCUCUGGAAGCUAUUAUUAUGCCUACUGUUUUAGAUCAGAGACUUAGAACGAGUUUCACAGACAUGCGUAGUGGCAGUUUCUUUGAAAUGAAAGGGGGUGGAAGUUGUCAGGAUGCCGUGGUUAAUGAUCACAGGUGCUUUGAAAGCACAUUUUGCAGGAUUGUAUGUGCAUAAGACAGGAAUGGCUGGGCCUGUUUUAAUUAACAUGGGGGUCUGUGUUAAAAGCAAAGCGACCCAAUAAGAGGUCCCGGGACUGGAUGAAGGUGUGCGCGCAAUGCACCGGAAGGGCUUUGCAUUCACUGAUGAUGAAGAAUUUUACUGCAAUUAUUUAUUUUAAUGAGUAGUUUUAACCUGUAAAGAAUGUGCUUCUUUCCUCUUUUUUUUUUUUUUUUUGUCUUAAUGCUGGACUUUAGAGUUUCAAACUUUAUCAAUGGAAAAACAGAAGCCAGGGACCUUGAUCAGUCCUGCUAAUGAAGGUUGGUUGUUAACUGAAACCACUUUUGAUGCCGGUGCCUGCAGUUGAAUAGAGCUGGUUAAAACUGACCUAAGAACAAAUGCAUAGCCUUAUCAUUGAGGACCAUUCUUUAAAUAUCAAACAUGGUUGGCCCUGGGUAGCUGGGUUGCUUACUGUUAACUAUUGCUUAGUUUGCAACUAUAACAUGUUUUGAAGGAUUUAUCUUUGUUCAGUUCACAGCGAAAGGCAGCACAGAAUGUUUUCUCCCACAUGUAAAAUCCUACUGCUCCCUGAAAAUGAUGAACAUUAAAACUAUCUACUAUAUCUACAGUGGGAUAGUAUAUCCUACAUGAUUAGCCUGUGUCUUAGUAAUGAUGAGAAUAAUACAGUUGGGUAAACUGGAAAGAAUACUCAUUGUAGGUGUUACAUUUGUGGGAAACACUACUUUGCUUGUAAAUGUACAUUUUGUAUCCCGUUUCAAAUCUAUUUCUGACACGAUGAAGCUAGUGUUUACUACAGAUGGACCACUUUAUCAUCCUGCUGUCCCAAAUAUGAAUAUAUCCGCAUCUCCUCCAAGCGCUGAAAUCAGUUUAAGUGUUGACUGUUUAUCUGGGUCUUCUCUCACACUACAACUUGAGUACACUGAAAACCUUUUCCUUCCUCCCUUAUGAAAAGGAACCCUUAUGUAACUUUGUGAUUUAUAUCUGAUUUUACUGUAUCAUAUAGACUUAGUUAUUGUUAAAAUAUAGUUUCAUUAAAAGUUGGCGUCUUGUUUCUUUUUCUUUUCUACGUGAGAAGUUUCACCACUGCGGACCUGUUCUUUUAAUUAGUGAAAUUCUCUCUGAACAGCGAGGAUUAAAAUUAUUGAAUUCAAAUGUGCAGCAUCAAUCCAACAGUAUGCUCUGAAAACAGCUGUCAUGAACCUUGCCAGCUUGCAACUGAGCCUUGACAGUAAUAGAACCUCGUUCACCAGCUAGAUCUAAUGAUCCCAGAAUGAUUUUAUAUCAUGA